CGCGGAUGGACUUUGUCCUUUCUGCGGCCUGGCCCGGGCUUCUUUAGAUCUCAGACACCGAAGGCAGUCGGCAGCCCAGCAGUUUGGGUGGCACUCUGCAGGGACAUCUAACAGCAGGGAGGCAGUUCUAAGUGACUUGGCUUCCUUAGUUCUGCACCACGCGACCAGAAGAGUCAUGAAUUACUCACGGUUCCUCACCGCAACCAGCAAGGCCAGAAGGCGUAACCCCAUCAGACACACAGGUGAAAAGCACAUGAAUAUAAUAAGCAGGGCACCAAAAACCCUCAUCUCCCUGGCUCCUGGAUCUCCCAACCCAAACAUGUUCCCCUUUAAGUCAGUUGCUUUCACCGUGGAAAACGGAAACACCAUCCAAUUUGAAGAUGAGAUGAUUAAAAGAGCCUUCCAGUAUUCUUCAAGCAAUGGAAUUCCAGAACUUCUGUCCUGGCUAAAAAAGUUGCAAAUAAAAUUGCAUGACCCUCCAACUGUCCACUACCCACCCAAUGAAGGACAGAUGGAUAUCUGCAUCACGUCGGGCUGCCAAGAUGGUCUCUGUAAGACGUUUGAAAUGCUCAUCAGUCCUGGAGACACUGUCCUCUUAAAUGAACCACUGUAUCCAGGAACCCUCUGUGCUAUGAAACCGCUGGGUGGCAACAUGAUUAAUGUCCCCAGUGAUGAGCAUGGGAUUAUCCCAGAGGGUCUCAAAAAAAUACUUUCCCGAUGGAAGCCAGAAGAUUCCAAGGACCCCACGAAAAAGACCCCAAAAUUUCUUUAUACCAUCCCAAACGGCAGCAACCCUACAGGCAACUCAUUGACAGGCGACCGCAAAAAGGAAAUCUACGAGCUUGCAAGAAAAUAUGAUUUCCUCAUAAUAGAAGAUGAUCCGUAUUAUUUUCUCCAGUUUGACAAGCCGUGGGCACCAUCCUUUCUCUCCAUGGAUGUCGAUGGGCGCGUGAUCAGAGCUGACACCUUUUCAAAAGUUCUCUCCUCAGGGUUGAGAGUAGGCUUUAUGACCGGCCCCAAGUGCUUAAUCGAGAGGAUUGUUCUGCACACACAGGCUUCAACACUACAUGCCUGCACUCUCUCACAGCUCAUGAUAUCCCAGCUUCUACACCAAUGGGGAGAAGAGGGCUUCUUAGCCCACGUUGACAGAACUAUUGAUUUCUACAAGACCCAGAGGGAUUUGGUAUUGGCCGCCGCAGACAAGUGGUUGAGUGGUUUGGCAGAGUGGCAUGUGCCCAAAGCUGGCAUGUUCCUGUGGAUUAAAAUUAAGGGCAUCUCUGAUACGAAAGAACUGAUUGAAAAAAAGGCGAUUGAAAAACAGAUCUUACUUGUCCCUGGAAAUGGUUUCUACAUCGACAGCUCAGCCCCCACCUCCUUCUUCAGGGCAUCCUUUUCCAUGGUUACUGCUGAGCAGAUGGACAUGGCCUUCCAGAGAUUGGCCCAACUCAUAAAAGAGUCUUUAUAAAGAAAUGAAACUCAGCAUUGUCCUCAUAAUUUUUAGAUAAAUUACUUCUGUACUUUGUUGAAGAAACGAUUGUUGCUGUUUGAUCGACAGAAUGGAUCCAGUUCAUGAGACACCCACAGUAAUUGAACUGAACAAAGCCCCUUUAAUUCUAUCAUAUUGCCACAAUAACUUUCUGGUCUACUUUUGCCUUCUGACUAGUUUUCAACUCACAAAAGAUUUAUUGUAAAGAACUCUAUAGCUGUUUCCUAAUGUUCAAUAAAUGUUUCGUCUAAACUAA